CUACCAUAGAACAAAAUGAUGCCUGUGAAGUCUAGGUUGAAAAGGGAGGGAAAGGAAGAGAAAGGAAGGUAGGUAAAAUGAUAGAGGCCAAGGUAACAGCUUUGGCUUGGAAUGAGUGAAUCCAGACUCAGCCCUUAAAACGCUGCCUGGCUUUGGCUAAGUCUUUUUAACCUUUCUGGACCAUUCUUUUCCACGUCUGAAUAAUGAGAGGUUAGGUUUUGAUGAUUUCUAAGGAAUCUUUAAGUUCUGAAAUAGCUUAGGUAGAAAAAAAUAAAAUCACUUACGAAGAAAAAGAGAGAAGAAACAUUUCUCAAAGAACAGAAGAUGGGGCAUGUCACCAAUAACCUCAAGCCCCACCUGCUCACUAAAGUGGGUGUUGGUAAAGAGGGUAUCUGCUCUGCUGCUUCAGCCUGGAGCUCUGCAAUAUGAAAGCUGACUACCUCUAUCUGCACCCAGUACCACUCUCAGCACCCGCCUCUUAAUCAAUUCCAAUCCCCGGGUUCCCAGGGGGCACGCUGGUUCUCAAACAGGUUUUGGUGGUCUCUCAAUAAUAGCGUUCCAGGCUUGAGUGAUGCGAGUCGCUGCACUGUCUCAGCAGGGAAGGGAGGGAGAGCUUUGCAAAGGGGACUGAGGGCAUUUAAGAAAAGCUUCCAGAGCGCGGAACGACUCCGCCGGAGCAGGACAGGGCCGGGCAUCAGCCUCGGCGCGAGGUCAAGAGCAACGAAACCUGCAGACGGGUAUCCAGAAGCUGGGCUCAAACUAGGAGCGCUCGGCCGAGUGUGCGCAGCGCGCCUGCGCCGUACGUGCGUGCGCAUGUGCCGCGGCCAUCGCGAAAGCUCUCGGUCGCUCGGAGGCGCACGCUGGUGGUCCUCGCUGGCUCUGUUUACCUGAGGGAACUGCGGCUGCCCCCGGCCGGCGCCGCAGCCCCCCGGGAGCCCGGCCCCGAUGUGUGAGAUAUUUCAGUUAAAGGAAGAAAUAGCUCUUCUCCUAACAUGGAAUCUGUUGUUUGGGAAUGUGGUUGAUCAACUUGACACAUUAGCCAAAUGGUGCCCGAUGUAAUAAAAUGAAAAGAAGAGGCAAGAUGAUGUCAUUUUCCCAUAUUAUGAAACCAAAAACAAAUGCCUUUUGUGAGACCAAGCUAACAAACCUCUGAUGGUGCAAAGAGUAAUUCUGUUUGAAGAACUUAACAGUAAGAUAGAAGAAGUACUUUCAAGCUGAGACCUGCAGGUGUACAAAGAUCUAAAAUACAUAUUGAAUAGGCCUGAUCAUCUGAAUCCCAUUCAAUCAAGAAAGCGUGGCUAUGAGUUGGAUCGUCUUCUAUCUGUGGCCCUUGACUAUGUUUGUGGGGCAUAUAGGUGGGCACAGUUUGUUUUCUUUGAGCCUAUUACCUUGAGGAUGUGCCAGGAUUUGCCUUAUAACACUGCCUUCAUGCCCAAUCUUCUGAAUCACUAUGACCAACAGAUGGCAGUUUUAGCAAUGGAGCUGCUGCUGGAGCACCUGGAGUGCCUGGUUUCCCGGUAUGUGCCGUCCCUCCGGAUGAUGGCGGGCAAGCAGCAGGCGCAGUCCCCAGCCGGCAUGACCAGCGAGGUGGAGGUGCUCAGGGCACUGAAAUUGCUCUUUGAGCACCACAAGGCCCUGGACGAGAAGCAGAUGAUUCUUACAGAGGAGAAUAACCAGGAAAAGAUACUAAUGGACAGGGUUCUUGAUGUACAUCACGAGCAAGAAAACAUGCCAAGUGCCAAUGGAAAGAGACCCGCCGAUGGCUCUCUAAGCCAUGAGGAAGGCCUGGCUAAGGUGAUCAAGCUCCAUGAGAUUAUAGAGAGGCAGUCAUGGGAGCAGAGCCAGAUGAAGGAGCGCCUGGCAGCCUUCUCUGCCCACGUGACAGAGCUGGAGGAGGACCUGGACACAGCCAGGAAGGACGUCCUCAAGUUCAAGGACAUGAACAGGAAACUUAAGCGGGACGUCCGCGAAGCGAGUCUGGUGACACCUGUGGAGCCCGUUCUCUCGGAGAGAUGGGAGCAUGCUGUGUGGGCUCUGCUGAGGCAGCCUGCCUGGCCAUCUUCUCUAGUUUUCUGAGGUUCCGCUCCUUGAAGGUGCAGACCCUGAAGGAGCAGGACUGGGAGCUGCACAGCAAGCCAGUGUGCUGGCCAGCUCGGUCCAGGCAUUCGAGAGUGUCGAGGGCGUGUCUGAUGGCGAGGGCGACAGGGUCACCCUCUUCAGCUCGGCCACUCAGCUGUCGCCCAGCGGGCAGACCAGUGCCAAGACUCUGACUGUGAUGCUGCAGGAGCAGCUGGACGCCAUCAAUGAAGAGAUCCGGUGGGUGAUCCCGAACUCAGCUCCCCAGAAACUCGGUUUCUCUGAGGAGCUGUCUUCUCCUAGGGACGUCUGAGUGUUCCAUAGUAAGAAACCUGACCUCAGGUCUGCUUCAAGAAUUUUCAGUUUUGAGAUUGCCUUUGAUUAUAGAGCUCAGUCAGCCGGGGCGUUCUGUCCACGGUGUGGUGUCAGCACUCUGUGGGGGGGCAUUGUGGGGUGUCCCCCCUCAGCUCUGAGCCCCAAGGUGGGUGAGGUGCCAAGGCGGUGUCCCCUGCAGCCCGUGCACCCUCCUGUGUCCCUCGGAGCUCCCCACGUUCUGGUGAAAAGCCACCUGGUGAAAGCUGGGGUUUUGGGGUUGGCAAAUUCCCACUCAGAUCCGCAUUUUCCUUUUUAACUUAAUACAGUGUGAAGAUGGGCUUGUUGUAAGACAGUGGUCCAAGGACAUGUGUUUGAGUUUUUCUCAUCUCAUCAGUAUAUUUAAGAUGUUUUCUUUAGACACCGUCUUGGCAGUUAUAACAAUUUACAAAACGGGAUAGAAUCCAAAGGCCUGCCUCGUGGUGAGCAGGGGGCCUUGGGUCUGGGUGGCUGGGGGCCCUGAGGCCUGCCUGGUGCCACACCCGCACAGCUAUGCCCGUGUCCCGAGUCCACGUUCAGAGUGGCCGCAGGCCGGUGGCCCUGCACAGGACCAGGCAGAGCUGCUGCUCAGACUGUUCUCGUCACGUCAGCCCAGGCCAAGGUGCCGGUUCCUCUCGGCCGAGCUGGGGGGACCGGGGGAAAGGCAGGGGGUGAAUGGGACAAGCAGCAAACGCAGGUGGUGCUGCCUGCCCAUUUGAGCCGAGACAGACAGCUUUGUGGGCCGUGUUUGAGCACAGAUGAGCUCAGAAAGAUGGUCUUUCCACAUCCCCGCAGAAGUGUGGAACGGUUAUAUAUUAAUAUUUUUAUUUUUACAGCAAGUUGUCAGGUAAAAGUGAUUUUUCCUUAUGCGACAAGUUGACUUGAUGUAAAUGGUAAAUUCUGUCCAUCAACUUGUUAUCAACAGUGAAAAACUUUCAAGAUGUAUAAGUAGAAGUGAAGCUGGAGAGUUUACUUCCUGUAAGAAUCUUGUAUUUUAAUUUGAAAAUCAUUUUAUUUGCAUAAUCAUGUAUUUAAACUGCUAUAUAAAAUCAUCCACAACACAUUAGGGGAGAAGAGCAGAAACUGUGAAUUCUAGGUUAAUGCAGCACAUUGACAUGAAUCCAGAAACUCACACAAAGCUGGUGGAGAACUUCAUCAAGUGAUGCGUUUGUACAUAUACAACCUUAAAAAAAAAAAAAAAAAAGAUCAACUCAGCACUUCAUCUGGUCUGGAGACUUGUGUUUAGAAACUCCAGCUUGUUUGUGGAUUGCUGUUUUGAUUGUACAGAGUUCCCGAUUCCCAGUGGAAAAGACUUGAGGCACUGACGUGCAUCUCUGCCCUGAGAGCAGGGGAGGUAAAGGUUGUCAACUUCAGGUAUCUCCUCACAGAGAGAGAGUCGCCACCAGGGCCCCUUCAGAAUGUUAGAGUAAAUAAGUGAAAUCAAGUGUGAAUGAUCAGGGCCAGUUUGUAAGACUCAAUGCUAAGUUAUUCUAAGUUUGAGAAUAUUCAAAAGAGGAAAAGUAGAACCUUUUGGCUGAGAUGUUAAUUGAGCAACUGUUUCUGGAAUUUGCUAAUCAUGACACAGAAUGCCAGCCCAAAUUUGUUGUCCAGACACGUUCCUCUGCUGACAAAGGCAGGUGACGGGUUUUAUUCUAUUUUAGGUUGAUCAAAGAAGAGAAGGAGAACACGGAGCAGUGGGCCGAGGAGACUGAGAGCAGGGAGGGCAGGGGGAGCUUAGGCAACCUCCGUCGUUUUAUUUUUUUAUUUUUAUUUUUUAGUUUUUCAUUGUAUUUUAUUAAUUGUUUUAAUUAAAAUUUAUUUAUUUUAA